AUGAAAUUCGUGUUUGAUGAGAAGUGUUGGCAGGCAUUUGAGGUUCUAAAGAAAAAGUUGAUAGAAGCUCCUAUUCUGAUUGCUCCAAAUUGGGAGCUGCCAUUUGAGCUUAUGUGUGAUACCAGUGACAUAGAGGUUGGGGCAGUGCUUGGGCAGCGGAAAGAUAAGAUGUUUCAUUCCAUCUACUAUGCAAGCAACACACUUGAUGCAACCCAAUCAAAUUAUACGGUUACUAAGAAGAAGAUGCUGGCAUUAGUGUUCGCAUUUGAUAAGUUCAGAUCAUACUUGCAACCUGAUCAGAUGAUGCGAAGGUGUAUAGCUGAACAGGAGGCGACACAAGUGUUGGAGAGUUGUGACUCUUCACCAUAUGGUGGACACCACGGGGGCGAACGAACUGCACAAAAGGUAUUACAAUCUGGCUUCUUUUGGCCUACUCUUUUUAAAGAUGUUGUUAUGUUUGUGAAUGGUUGUGAUCAGUGUGAGAGGAUGGGCACCAUUUCGAGAAGGCAUGAGAUGCCCUUGAGCAAUAUAUUGGAGGUGGAAAUUUUUGACGUCUGGGGGAUAGACUUCAUGGGACCAUUCCCAUCAUCCCAUGGAAAUCAAUAUAUCUUAGUCGCAGUGGACUACAUGUCAAAGUGGGUGGAGGUUGUUGCAUUACCAUCCAAUGAUGCAAAAGUAGUUGUGAAGUUCAUCCGAAAACACAUCUUUACAAGGUUCAGAACUCCAAUGGCUUUGAUCAGUGAUGGAGGAACGCACCUUAUUAACAAUUCAGUGCAUAAUUUGUUAGCCAAAUAUGGGACUGCAUACAAGACACCGAUAGGGACUUCUCCUUAUCGAAUAGUGUUUGGAAAAGCAUGCCACUUACCAGCUGAAUUGGAGCAUAAGGCGUAUUGGGCGAUCAAAAAGUUGAAUCUGGACGCUGAGUUAGCCGGAACGAAGAGAAUAACACAGCUGCAUAAAUUGGAGGAGUUUAGGCUUCACACCUAUGAGAACGCCAAGCUGUACAAAGAAAAGACCAAGAUAUGGCAUGACAAACAUAUUGUGUCACGCACCUUUGAGCCUGGUCAACUAAUGUUGUUGUUUAACUCGAGGUUGAAGUUGUUCCACGGAAAACUUCGAUUCAAGUGGAGUGGUCCUUUUGAAGUUAUCACGCCUCCUCAUAGAGAUAACGCUAGGAAUGUGAAUGCCAGGAAUGCAAACGCAGCUCCUCAAGUCCCAGAUCAGGAAAUUUUGAAUGCAGAAUUUAGGAACGACGUUAAGAUGUUGGCUGAGAGUGUGGCCAACCAGAAUAACCAGCGGGUUCCAGUUCAGGAAAAUGUUAAUAUUGGGUCCGCUGCAGCUAGCGUUCGGGAUAUUUUUAGGAUUAAUCCGUCAGAGUUCUUAGGGUCGCAACUUGGAUAA